CAACUAAAGAUCCAACAUUAAUGGCCUUUAAUUACCUUACGUGUCAGCAUCUUAUUAGGUUGUUAUGUCACGGACGUGGUAACUUUAACACGGCCGCCUCCUUUUUCUUUCAUGUUCAUUUCUUUUAAUUCUGGUUCGUCGUUACAACAAACCCCAGCAGUUUUAUUGACUCGUACAAGAGAGCCACCGGUUAGUUCCGGUGACCUUAAAAUUGAUUUCCGAAAAUACCCCUCGUUUUAUUCUCCGGAGUUUCGUAUUUAACAAGGGUAAUUUGGUAAGUUUGGAAAGAGCGAAUAAAUACAGAAACGCGCAUGUUACAUGUAUGUCCCUUGAUGCAUACUCUUUAAUUAGGUUUUUAUUUAUUGUUAUUUUGCCGUUUUAAGAGAAAAAUAAAUAAAUUAAUUCAUUAUUGUUUUUGUAUAUAUCUGUUGAUGAUGGUGGUGGUGGUGGAAGAAUGCUUGUCACCUGGCUAUUUCAUCACAUAAGAGGAGGAGAAAUCGUGUUUUCCUCUGUUUUCUUUCGUUUUUGUGGGGGAUUGUAAUGGAGAGACAUAAAUGUAGGUUGUGCUUCAAGAGCUUCUCUAAUGGCAGAGCUUUGGGAGGUCACAUGAGGUCUCACAUGUUGAAUCUUCCAAUCCCACCAAAGCCCCAAGUUGAAGUAGAAGAACAAGUGAAAGAAGAAGAAGAAGAAGAUGUCAAUCAAGUGAGUGAAGAUGCAGAGUCAGCUUCUUCGUCGUCAUCUUCUUCCGAGGAAGAAGAAGGUGGAGAAGAGAAAGGUCAGUUUUAUGGAUUAAGAGAGAAUCCAAAGAGGAGUAUUCGACUGGGGGAUCCUGAGUUUUCUUUUGCUGCAGUUGAUGCUGGCUCUGUUAUCCUUCAAGACAGAGAAAGCGAGACUGAGUCAUCCAAAAAUCCAACUCGGAGACGAUCCAAGCGGACAGGGAAAUCGGAACAUCAUCAUCGUCGAUUUGAAGAAAAUGCCAAGAAAUUCAAAUCCAACCCACCGAGUGCUACCAAAUCAGAGUCAUGGGCAGAGCCUGAACCCGUGAGUUCCAUCUCUGGUACUACCACGGAAGAAGAUGUCGCUUUCUGUUUGAUGAUGCUUUCGAGAGACAACAAAUGGAAGAACAGAGUAGAAGAAGAUGAAGAUCAACAACGCGGAGAAGCUGAAAAAUCCAUGGAGGAAACCGACGAAUCCUACGGCUUCAAAUCAAUCAAAACUCCAAAUCGAGGAAAAUACAAAUGCGAAACGUGUAAAAAAGUAUUUAAAUCAUAUCAAGCACUUGGCGGACACCGUGCGAGCCACAAGAAAAACAAACAAUCGAAUGAACCUCAAAUGGGACAAGAAAAUGCAGCUGGUACUUGCUCAUCAACGGCGGAGAAGAAAAUCCACGAAUGUCCAGUGUGUUUGAGGAUAUUUUCUUCGGGUCAAGCCCUCGGUGGCCAUAAACGAUCACACGGUGUGAGUUUAGUAGAAACGCCUGCAAAGAGUUGUACGAGCUUCAUAGAUCUUAAUCUUCCUGCUCCCAUUGACGAUGAGGAGUUGAGCCAAAUCGAGCUGUCCGCAGUUUCCGAUGCUGAAUUUGUGAACCAGAUGAAUCGAUAACGAAGUGUUGGACUGGGUUUUCUCCUUUUAAGUGAAAUUUGAAGACAAUGGAUGAUAAAAGAAAGGUCCAGCAUUGUCUUUGGCGUGAUUCUCGCUCUCUCCUGCAUUCUUUUUCAUUUCUUUCCUUUUUCUUUAUUUGCAG